GAUCCAGAGCGUACUAUCAGACUUUCAAGAAGCGCGCGAUCGGUCGGCAUUUAUACGCUGAUGAGGUGUUAAGUUAAGCUUGAAUACAUGUCUGAGACUUCGCGGUUCAUUCAGUGUAUCUCUCGUAUUUAAGGUAAACUUAGCUGACGGGGUAGGCUACUUGUAGAACUUUUUGCCCCACUGAAGAAGGACAUAAUGCCUGUUCGACGGGGACACGUUGCGCCUCAGAACACCUUCCUGGACACCAUCAUUCGCAAAUUCGAGGUUCAAAAUCGCAAAUUCAUCAUCGCCAAUGCUCGAGUGGAAAACUGCGCCAUCAUCUUCUGCAAUGACGGCUUCUGUAGCAUGUGCGGCUACACACGUGCAGAGGUCAUGCAGAAGCCAUGUACCUGCAGUUUUCUGUAUGGACCACACACUGGAAGACCAGCUGUGGCCCAGAUGGCCAAAGCUUUGCUGGGGUCUGAAGAAAGGAAAGUGGAAAUCUCCUUAUACAGGAAAGAUGGAGUGUGUUUGCCAUGCUUUGUAGAUGUGGUUCCUGUUAAGAAUGAAGAUGGCUUAGUCAUCAUGUUCAUCCUGAACUUCGAGCUUGCAGAUCAGCAGGACAGGCCUCUCGACAGCCUAGGCAAAGACAUCAAGCACAAACACACCAUCCCCUGGCUCUCUAAAGCAAGAAGACGCCAGCUCAGGUUUCCUCUGCCCCUCUUGCGCUCCCUGAGUGGCAGCAAACAGUCUCUACAGGACGAUUCUGAAAAGGGUUAUAUGCAGCCAAUGCCUCAUAUGGGCCAUGAGUCAGUAACCCUGGACAAACUGUUGUCCCUGCCUGAGCGCUCUGCGCUGGGGGGAUCUCAGCUUUUUUGGUGGGAAGAUAAGGCCCAAAAUGAGCCCGAAAAUGAGCCACGGACAUCAGAAGUGUUCCCUCCCCUGCCCCAGGGCUUCUCCCAGUCCUCCCCACGCCUGCACAACCUCACAUCAGUGGCAUCUCCUUCUAGCUGCAGCAUGGCCUAUAGUCGCUCCUGCGAGAGCCUUUGUGGCAUGCGGCCCUCACCCUCUACCAAUGACUUUAACUGGGACUGGAAGCUGCCCAUCAGACCCAGUAGCACAGGCACCAUGCACCGCAAAUCCAGCUUGCAGAACGCCACUUUGGACUCAGACCUUAUACGUUUCCGGACCCCAGUUCGGGCCUCACAGAUAACGCACAACUUAAUAGACAUAAAGCCGGAUCCCUUAAUCACUGUUCCGGCCAGUGAGAUUGACAUCAUCGCCCCCUGCAAACUGAUAGACCGAACCCAUAAUGUGACAGAGAAGGUCACUCAGGUACUGUCUCUGGGUGCAGAUGUCCUUCCUGAAUAUAAACUCCAGGCUCCCCGCAUCCACAAAUGGACCAUUUUACACUACAGCCCCUUCAAAGCAGUUUGGGACUGGGUCAUCUUGUUGCUGGUCAUCUAUACUGCAAUCUUCACACCUUAUUCAGCAGCGUUCUUGCUCAGCGAUGAGGAGGAGGCUGCCAUGCAGGACUGUGGCUACUCCUGCAGUCCACUUAUCGUGGUGGACCUCAUUGUGGAUAUCAUGUUCGUAGUGGACAUUGUGAUAAACUUUCGUACAACCUAUGUAAACAGCAACGAUGAAGUGGUCAGUCAGCCUGGCCGCAUAGCUGUCCACUAUUUUAAAGGCUGGUUCCUCAUUGACAUGGUGGCCGCCAUUCCCUUUGACUUGCUCAUUUACCGCUCUGGAGAAGAGACAACGACUCUGAUUGGGCUACUGAAGACUGCUCGACUGCUGCGAUUGGUGCGCGUGGCACGCAAACUAGAUCGGUACUCUGAGUAUGGAGCUGCAGUGCUCUUUCUGCUCAUGUGCACCUUUGCGUUAAUCGCCCAUUGGCUGGCAUGCAUCUGGUAUGCGAUUGGGAACGUGGAGAGGAGUGGCCCAACUCGAAUUGGUUGGCUGGAUUCUUUGGGAGAUCAGCUAGGGAAACCAUAUAAUGUGUCAAUACCUGGAUCAGGACCUUCUAUUAAAGACAAAUAUGUCACUGCCCUCUACUUCACCUUCAGUAGCCUCACCAGUGUGGGCUUUGGAAACAUCUCCCCAAACACCAACUCCGAGAAGAUCUUCUCCAUCUGUGUCAUGCUUAUUGGAUCUCUGAUGUAUGCUAGUAUCUUUGGAAAUGUGUCAGCCAUCAUCCAAAGGCUGUACUCUGGCACCGCACGAUACCACACUCAAAUGUUGCGGGUUCGAGAGUUCAUCCGUUUCCACCAGAUCCCUAACCCACUCAGGCAAAAACUGGAGGAGUAUUUUCAGCAUGCUUGGUCCUACACUAAUGGCAUUGAUAUGAAUGCUGUGCUGAAGGGGUUCCCAGAAUGCCUGCAGGCAGACAUCUGUUUGCAUCUGAACCGUUCCUUGCUACAGAACUGUAAAGCUUUCAAGGGUUCCACUAAAGGCUGUUUACGAGCUUUGGCUAUGAAGUUCAAGACCACACAUGCCCCACCGGGAGACACUUUGGUCCAUGCUGGCGAUGUGAUUUCAGCACUUUACUUCAUUUCUCGUGGCUCCAUUGAGAUUUUAAAGGGAGACGUGGUUGUGGCCAUUUUAGGGAAGAAUGAUAUAUUCGGAGAGCCCAUUAACUUAUAUGCACGUCCUGGAAAGUCAAGUUCUGACGUGAGAGCGCUGACUUACUGUGACCUGCACAAAAUCCACAGAGAGGAUAUGCUGGAGGUCCUGGACAUGUAUCCAGAGUUCUCCGACUACUUCUGGGGCAACCUGGAGAUCACCUUCAACUUGAGAGAUACCAACUCUAAGUCUGGGUCAAUGAGUAGUGAUCCUGACGAUUCUGAGCAUGGCUGUAUUGAAUGUCACCCACACAGAACAAAGAUGUUCUUCUAUUCAAAGAAUGAGAGGAAUUCCAUGCCACAAGCAGAUAACAAAGAGAGGCCAGAAGACAAACCCAAAAGAAUGAAUCUCCAAUCACAGAAUUCAAUCAGCAAACAGCAUGAGGAAAGACAAGCUCAGAAUCAGGUCUCAGAAAUGUUUUCCUCCCAGUGCAGCAGUGAUGAUGAUGAAGAGAACAGACGGCCCAGUGCAUUAGUGGACUGCUCUCAGAGCCAUAUCACUAGCUUCAGCAAUGACCACAAAACCAGUAACUCGUUCAAUGCAUUCUCAGGAGCUCUUUCAGGGGUCUCUAAAAUCUUCAGUUUUUGGGGGGAGAAUCAUGGUCAUCAGUACCAGGAAGUACCCAGCCACAGCAUGUCCUUCCCCUCAUCUUCAGUUCAAUCCAAUACUGUCCUGCACAAUGUCACCCAUCGGCAUUGCAAUGAAGUAGAGAACCGACUGGAACUUUUGCAGCGGCAGCUCCAUCGACUAGAGAAGCGCAUGUCAGCGGACAUCGGGGCCAUAAUGCAGUUGCUUCAGAGGCAGUUGGUGCUGGUUCCACCGGCCUACAGCUCUGUGACGUCCCCUCUAGAAACGUCUCCAAAUGUACCCAAACCAGGAAAGAAAUUGGUACAGCCUGUCAACCCUUUAGAGACAGAAACGCCAGCCAUUUUUUUUGAGAUACUUGAUUCCCAGGACUUUUCUGACAGUUCCCAAAAGUCCAACGAAAGUCUGUCAGGGGUGAUGGAGCUUCAGCUCUUGAAAUGUUCCUUACAGCCCUUCUCUGAGAGUCAGGCUUUUAACCAGAAUCCUUCUGGGGCUUAUACAAGGAGAUGGACAAAUAGUAUAGGCCACAGAGCUGCAAACCACUCUGAUGUUCUUACAGCACACACCGAUUGCCAUCCAGCAGUCAUGGCUGAUCAAGCAAAUGAUCAUUUUAUAGAUGCAAAGCCUAUUAAAACUUUAGCUGGACGGAGGCUCAGGUCCCCUGAGUGUCAAAGACGCCUAUCAUUGCCAGUGCAACAUCAGGUAGAGGAUGAGUCCUCAAUCCAAAAAAGACAUGGCUCUGAUCCUGGCUGUCAACAGUGAAACUUUUGUUUUAGCAUCUCAGUGGAAAACAAUGUAUACAAACUGAGGGAUCGCCAUAGAUCAGAAUGAUUGCAGGACGUUUUGAAGAACUCCUAAUUCAGGUUCAUAUUAUUUACCUCAGAGAGUCACAGGAAGAGGCAUCAUUAAUGUUCCUGUAGGCUGGUCAAUUUGUGUUAGCUGGUCUAGCGAAACUCAUUGUUCUUACCUGCCUCUUACUGAAAACAUUUUAUGAAAGUGUUCAUUUGCUCUUACAUGAACAUAUUAUUUUGAAGUGUAACUGUAAUGAUUUGUAUUAGCAUAUCAGUUUUCUUAAAAUGCAGUUUUGUUUGUUUGGAAUUAUAAUAAUAAUUGAGAAAAGAAAAGUCUCAGACAUAGCAAUACACUGGAAAGGUCAAUCAGAGUGUGAUUUGUUAGUCAUUGAGUUUGUGAUACGGAACCUUUAUCUCAGGUGGCAGAACCCCAGGCUCAACUCUUGUAGCUAAAAUACCUCAGAGUGAGUGAAUCAAGUGAUGACUGAUACCUGAUGAAUAAUAUAUACUAUAUUACUGAAAGCAUGUGUUAGUACUGUAUCUUUCAGGCCAUCAACUGCAGAGAGAUUCCCAACAGAAUAGAUUAUCACUCUUAAAAUAUACAGUAUAUAUGUAAUCAUCAGUUUGACUAAAGUGUCAAAUGUGUGUAUAAUGUGAUUUUGAAAGUUUAAAUUUCAGAAAAUCCAUUUGGAUAAUAAUUCAUGUUUAAAAUCUACAUCACCACUGCAGUUAGGGUAGAAAAUACAUAUAUAAUAUACAUAUGUAAUCAGCUGUCACUGGUCCAUACCAAACACAUACUGUAGGAAGCCAUACUAGAAAUAAAUAGGGAAUCUGGUACGUAGAAAGAGAAAAGCUUGGAAUGCUAAAUUGUAUUAUAAAGUGUAGUAAUGUAUUGCAAAUUUGUGUAGGAAUAUUUAUUGUUAGCUUACUAUAAAUAGAUUUUUGUGUAGAUUUUAUCUCCUAUGAA